UUUACAAGCAUUGAGAAAGGAGAAGUCUCGAGAUGCAGCUCGCUCCCGCCGGGGAAAAGAAAAUUUUGAGUUCUAUGAAUUGGCUAAGUUGUUGCCACUUCCUGCAGCCAUCACCAGCCAGCUUGACAAGGCAUCCAUCAUUCGACUUACGAUUAGCUAUCUGAAAAUGAGGGACUUUGCUAACCAGGGGGAUCCUCCAUGGAACUUGCGAAUGGAAGGUCCUCCACCCAACACAUCAGUAAAAGGGAUACAAAUGUGGAAAUCUGAACUCUGCAUGAGAAAGACACCAUGUGAAGAAGUUCGUAUGGAUAAACAAGCUUAUAUAAAUAGCCUGCGGCAUCGUGUUAGUGCAGGUCAUAAUCCAACAAUGAAAACAAUAGACAUUGUACUUGGUGCCUCUCCAAGCAGUCACUUGAACAGACCUAAGGGCAUUUGGAAGCUUGCAAAGGAUAGAACCCAGACCGAAAUCCUAGGUUCUGAGCAAAAGCUUCCUGUAGGG